AGGGUGAUGGUAAUGAAAGGUGUAUUUAAGUAAAAUAUUAUUAUGGGAUGGAUAUUUGGAGUGAGUGGGUGUGGUGUUCCGGAGAAGUUGGAAUGGCAGCGGUGAGUGUGAGUCCUUGUGCUACUGUGCUUGGGAUUCGGAAGAAGCGAAUGAGAGUUAAUGCCCUGUUUGGCGAUUGGGGAAUUAGGAAAAAGCAAGAAUUGAGGUUGAGUGUGUGGGAUGAUAAAGAGGUAAGUGUGUCGGUUGUGUCUUCCAUCUCAGACAUUCCAUCGAGCGAAUGGGACGCCUGUGCUGUGGAUGCCACCGGCGCUGACAAGUUGAAUCCUUUCCUUUGCCAUGCCUUCUUGUCAACCUUAGAGCACUCUGCUUCCGCCGUCAGGGAAACUGGAUGGACUCCACACCACAUCGUUGCCAGAGAUCAACCCAACAACAACAUCCUAGCCGUUGUCCCUCUCUACCUUAAAACCCAUUCCUACGGUGAAUUUGUCUUCGAUCAUUCUUGGGCUAAUGCCUAUCAUUCCUAUGGCUACAGAUAUUACCCCAAGCUACAAUCUUGUGUCCCCUUCACGCCUGUCACCGGUCCAAGGAUCUUACUUCGCAACACCCCUUUCAAAGAUCAAAUCUUUGACGCUAUUGUCUCUUCAAUGAAGGAUCUCACUCUCACCUCCCACCUUUCGUCGCUACAUGUCACUUUUCCCUCUGAAAAUGAAUUCCAAAAACUCACUCAAAAAGGCUUCCUUCCCAGAAUUGGAAUGCAGUAUCACUGGAAAAACCGUAACUACAAAAAUUUUGAUGACUUCUUGAUGGACAUGAAGCAGAGUAAAAGAAAAAAUAUACGUCAAGAGCGCAAAAAGAUCCCAGCCCAGAACUUGAUUAUGAAACGGCUCCGUGGUUAUGAAAUAAAGGCUAGGCACUGGGAUUCCUUCUACACUUUUUACAGGAACACAACUGAUAACAAAUGGGGUACUCCUCACCUGACAAGGGAAUUUUUUCAUGAGAUGGGAUCAAAAAUGGGAGAUAACGUGCUACUUGUUGUGGCUGAAGAAGGGGAUGAACUAGUUGCUGGAGCCCUAAACCUUAUUGGAGGAGAUACUUUAUUUGGGCGACUAUGGGGUUGUCAACCACGAACUUACUUCCCAAGUCUGCAUUUUGAAGCAUGUUAUUACCAGGCAAUUGAAGCAGCUAUAGAACUGAAUCUUAAAACAGUAGAGGCGGGAGCUCAGGGUGAACACAAGAUUCAACGUGGAUAUCUUCCUGUGACAACUUUUAGCUGUCAUUACCUUGUUGAUGAAGAAUUUAGGGAAGCUAUACAAGAAUUUUUAAUACGUGAAGCUUCCCAGGUGAAGCUUGUUAUGAAACUCUUGCAAGAUUCCGGUCCUUUUAAGGAAGGUAUCCUGUAGAAAGUAAAUCUAUGGGCAGUGUUUGUAAAUACGCAUAUGAUUUGAGUAUAAGAAUAUAUAUGUACAGUUGAAGUAGUGAAUUGCUACAAAGUUGGAGAGUAAUUCCCUUUCCCUAGUAGUGGUUGAUAUAUAUUUAUGAUUUAGUUGUUUAAGUCACUUUUAGUAAAAUGGGCAUUUCUUGAGAAUA